CCAUGGACUGCUGCACGCUGUCAGCACUGAAGGAUCCCAUAGAGAGAGAGAGUUGCCAAACCCCGGCACUGUCUCCACCUGGCAGCAGAUGGGACCUGUUUGGCUCCCCUACAGACGAUCUGCGUUGCAGUGUGAUCUGUAAUGGCCAUCAACACUCUGAUCUGUGACCUGUAUAUACAUACAGAUUGCUUGUGCUGCUGGUGUGGCCAGCCUCCCUGUCCUGUAUUAUACGUGCCCGGGACUGGCAGGCUUAUUAAACGCUGUAAUUAUUUGCUUUCAGCUUCGGGCAUAUAGUUUUAUACCAUGCAUUUUAUCUACUACUGUUUUUGUCUAUAAUUUGCAAAAGCAAAUAGACGCAAAUGUGCCUACAACUGCAAUGACUAACUUAGUGUGGGUACACAGUGGAACACUACAGGGAGGAUGGGGGAUGGUGGAGAAGUUGGUUACAGCAAAGUUACAACAAUGUACGGGACAAGUCUGCAGAAGCUUUGGAGUUUAUGAAGAGAGACCUAACGGAAUUUUCCAGAGUUGUGCAGCAUGACACAGCUUGCACUAUUGCAGCCACAGCUACUGUUGUCAAGGAGAAACUGGCGGUGGAAGGGACAGCUGGGACUACAGAAAAGGUGAAGAAAGGUCUGUCAGAUUUUCUGGGAGUCAUUUCCGACACUUUUGCUCCAUCUCCUGACAAGACCAUUGAUUGCGAUGUUAUCACACUGAUGGCCACACCGUCCGGGACAACGGAACUUUAUGACAGCACUAAGGCACGCUUGUAUAGUCUGCAGUCUGAUCCCGCAACAUACUGCAAUGAACCUGAUGGUCCUCCUGCACAAUUUGAGGAAUGGUUAACCCACUGGGAUUCAGAGGAGCGGAAAGCAGGAAUCUCAGAACUACUUGUUACCAGCCCAUCGAUUCGUGCGCUGUACACCAAAAUGGUACCAGCAGCUGUUUCCCACUCAGAAUUCUGGCAAAGAUAUUUCUACAAAGUAUACCAGUUGGAAAAAGAGGAAGCACGUAGAGAUGCUCUGAAGCAGAGAGCAGAGCAAAGUGUCCAUACUGAGGAGCCAAGGUGGGAGGAGGAGGAGGAGGACUUUAUUGGGGCAGGAUCACCUCGUGUCUCCAGUUUUGAAGAGAAAUUAAGGAUGUUGCCACCUACCAUUCCCACUUUAAACGUUGAAACCAGUUCUGAGGAGCCAAACAAACACUGCAAAGAAACUAUUUGUGUCACAAGCCCCUCUGAGAGCAGUGAGAGUAUAUCUCCCAUCACUCAGAUUGACAAUCCUGCAUACCAGAGUCCUACAAAUCCAGCUGAAUCCUCUGCCAGUCCAACUACGGGAACUAAGGAGCUACAAGAAGACAAAGCAGAUGAGCAGUCCUCUCAGACGUCUGACGAUUCCGCAUUGACCAAAGGAAAUGUACAAAGUGCAGUUCGGAAGGAUGAGCCCCCUUCUGAUCUUCGUGUGUUUGAGCUGAACAGUGACAGUGGCAAAUCAACACCUUCUAACAAUGGCCAGAAAGGUUCAAGUACAGAUGUCAGUGAAGACUGGGAGAAGGACUUUGACAUGACAGAGGAGGAAGUACAGCUGGCCUUGUCCCGGGUGGAAGUGUCUGGAGAGCUGGAGGAUGAAGAUUGGGAUAACUGGGAGUAAUUGCUGGAGACAGAGAUUGGCCACAUCUUCACCAGGACACAACACGAAGAGCCUAAAUUUUUCUCAUCUUGGGUCGUCUGCCUUGACAAUACACCGCAUUCCUCUGAUCUAUACAGGAUGACACACUAUAUAAACAGUCUGUACUGGCAUGGCAGGGGUAAUUAAGUUAUGGUUCAAUUUAUGUUUUAUUCAUUUGUUCUUUUAACUCUUUCACUGCCAGAAACCUGCAGUUUCCUGUUAUACUAAAGAAGAUGAUUCUCAGCCCUGACUUGUUUCUAGCUGUCAGGAGGUGGCUGCAUGUGGUCAUGGUGUCCUUCGGCAGGGCUACCUUUAGUUGCUUUGUUCGUGCUGUACAAUGUUUGCGCUAACGUAAUAGGAAGAAAGCUGUUUUCAUAAUGAACAUUUCUUACUGGUCCCAGUGAAAAUCACUGUAAGACCUUAGUCAGAUUGGUGUGAAUUCAUUUAAGGGAAAACAAUUCUUUAUGCAAAUUAUUUAGAAGAAAACACUAUACCGAAUGCUCAGUUGCUCUUAAACGUUUUUUUUUUUACAUUCAUUCCUCUGAAACCUGUAAACAUUCAUGUUUUGAUUAUUUUCCUGUCCGGAACAUAUGGGAUAUUUAUUAACCCAGGUAAUGUAAUUAAACCGUGUAUGAUUCAAAAAAAAAAUUCUCAUACUAUUGGUCCUUGCCGACCAGAGGUGAACAACCCUGCUAUAAACUGGACGGAAUUACUACUUAUAUUCAGCGUGGAUCAGGCUUUGAGGACCAUGUUCCUUAUAUGUACAGGCUGUUAUUAUGUUAGGCUCCCUCUCUCUGUUGUUAACAACAUCCUUCUAUCCUGUCAGUUGUUUGUGCAAUAUAUAUUAUCUAUUUAAGUUAUAUGGCAGCAGGGAGGAGGAGGGGGCAGCUUAUUUUUUUGGAAAUUUAAAUUUAUUCUUACUGCUUUUUCUCUUCUUUCAUAAUACUCUCUUGAGUCUUACACAAAUCUUGCACUUGGCAUCUAUGACAUGAAUGGUGGAACCACCUCUCAAUUCUCUGUACACUUACUGCAUAGAAAUCCAACAAGAAAGCUCCUUUAUUUUAUAGUAAAUAAAUUGCGUUACGCAACCCUGUAA